AUGUCGCGAUAUAUGCAAGUCUUGGCAUGUCGAUUUCAUCCAACCUCUGAACUUAUUGAAGAUUAUAGAGCAGGCGAUAUGAUCUGUUCACAAUGUGGCCUUGUUGUAGGCGAACGAAUGAUCGAUGUCAGUUCUGAAUGGCGUGAUUUUGGAGAUGAAUCAAACUCAAAAGAUCGAAGCCGUGUUGGUAGUGCUCAAAGUCUACUAUAUGAUUAUGAUAAUUUUCUAACUACGAUAUCAAUUGGAACAAGUGCAGGAGCACGUAAUGAAUUAGGAAAACAAAAAUAUAGACAAAUGACAAGUCAAACAUCAUCUGCCGAUAAAGCAUUACGAAAUGGUCAUGAUGCUAUUCGAGCUAUGGCUGCACAUAUUCAUUUAACAAAGAAAAUUAUUGAUCGAGCAUUUCUAAUAUAUAAACAUUGCUAUGAAAAAAAAUGUUUACGUGGCUAUUCACCAGAAGCAAUUAUUGCUUCAUGUAUUUAUAGCGCUUGUCGACAAGAAGGUUCACCACGUACAAUGAAAGAAAUAUGUGGUGUUGCAAAGAUAUCCGUAAAAGAUCUUGGUCGGUGUUUUAAUAAAAUCAAACUGUCUUUACCAGAUUCAUCUGUAAUUCAAUCCAUUGAUAUCAAAGAUUUGGUGCCUCGUUUUUGUAAUCAACUUGAACUUAAACAAGAAAUACUUAUACGAAAAACAGCUAUGCAUAUUGUUGAACGUGCAAAUGAAAUUUGUGAUAUUCAAGGUCGUGCACCAAGUUCUGUGGCGAGUGCAGCAAUUUAUAUGGCUUGUCUAGCUGCAUGUGAAAAGAUAACAAAAGAAGAUAUUCAAAAACCAACCGGUGUUUCCGAAGGUGUAAUACGAGAUGUAUAUAGACUUAUGUUACCUCAGGCUGCUAAAUUAUUUCCAACUGAUUUUGUAUUUAAAUGUUCAAUCGUUAAUUUACCAAUGCUUUAA